CCUCAUCAGUUCUCCUCGCCGGCGGAGGCCACAGUGAGGGCUGGAACGCAAAAAAGAAUCCGGAGACUUCCGGGUGAGUGGCACCAUCAAGAGAGAGGAGCGGUGGUUCCCAGGGGCCCCUGCAGAUGAUGGGUGACAGAGCGGAUGUUCAGGGCCCCGGUCACAGGAUGACCCUGCUGUUGCGUGGCCUCCUGCUCUUCCUCAUCGGGGUCUUUCUGGCGUUAGUCCUGAAUCUGCUGCAGGUGCAGAGGAACGUCACCCUCUUCCCCCCUGACGUGUUUUCCAGCCUCUUCUCCUCCGCCUGGUGGGUGCCUCUCUGCUGUGGGACGGCUGCAGCUGCCAUCGGCCUCCUGUAUCCAUGCAUCGACCGACACCUGGGGGAGCCACACAAGUUCAAGAGAGAGUGGUCCAGCGUUAUGCGCUGCGUAGCCGUAUUCGUGGGUAUAAACCACGCCAGCGCUAAGGUGGAUUUCGCCAAUAACAUGCAGCUGUCCCUGACACUGGCCGCCCUGUCCAUUGGGCUAUGGUGGACGUUCGACCGAUCUCGCAGUGGCCUGGGCCUGGGAAUCGGCAUUGCUUUCUUUGCCACACUGGUGUCGCAGCUGCUGGUUUAUAAUGGAGUGUACCAGUACACGGCCCCGGACUUCCUGUACGUGCGCUCCUGGCUGCCCUGUAUAUUUUUUGCUGGUGGGAUCACUAUGGGGAACAUUGGACGUCAGCUGGAGAUGUACGAGAGGAAAUCAAUGACGGAGAAGACGCACCACGACUGAGGAGACGGCGAGCACCGAAGAUGAAGACCCCUGUGAGUUACUGCAAUCUGUGAUUGCUGGAUUAACCCCUUGUACUGGGGAUAUCACAGGACAAUAGAAGGGUUGUGACCCCUGGACAGUGUGCGUGUCACCCCCUCCCCCACUGUGGUGGAUCAUGCUGGAGAAGUCGUUCAUGUGUUUUGUGACUGUAUGACCUGAGGCAGCAGCAUCCUGGUGUAUCAACCCUGCGGGAUGGAGACAGGACGACGGUGCAACAGCGUCUGUUAUACUCAGAGAUGAACAUCCAAUUCCUGCACCCAGUGUCUGCUAAUAAAACAUCAGACAUUCA